AUAUGGCCAUCUUCUUUUUAGGUGAAGACCAAGCCUUCAAAUCUCUCCCCCGUCAUCACCAGUUGUUAGAAACUCUGAGUCCAUGUUCAAGGUCAAGGCUUUGAGAGACAAGCACAAACUAUAAAAUAAUGGAGCUUUGAGAAACACAGAGAACAAAAAUAGUCGUGUCGUCGUUCUUGAAGGAGGAAAGAAAAUUGUUCUCUCAUUUUUAAAUCCUAGAUAUUUUCCUUCAACCCUCUUCUUUUUGUUUGCUUCACCUUCACAUAUUCUCUCCCUCUCUAAAAACCUGAGAGAGACUCAGAACUAAAACCCUGGUGUUUCUGCUCCAUCUGGGUCUCCAAUGGCGGCGAGUUGGGUUCUCUCAGAAUGUGGCUUAAAGCCUCUCCCUCAAAAUUUUCAUAGACCCACAGCCGGAUUUUCCUCUAACCACCAAGCAAAAGUUCGAGUUUUUCGGUCGAACAAGAGCGUGACAGAUCUAAGAUUGGCUUCAGCCAAAAUUUCGAGUGCGUGCUUUAGAGGGAGAAGCUGGGGUCUGAAAGUGAGUGCUCCAUUAAAAGUUGCUUCUAUUGAAGACGAGAAAGAGAGAGUCAAUGGUGUUAAUGGCGUUGGAGAUGAAGAAGAGCUGGAAUUUGAUCCAGGUGCACCACCACCGUUUAAAUUGGCUGACAUUAAAGCAGCCAUUCCGAAGCAUUGUUGGGUUAAGGACCCGUGGAAGUCAAUGAGCUAUGUGGUAAGGGAUGUGCUGGUGGUUUUUGGAUUGGCUGCAGCGGCGGUUUAUACAAACAAGUGGUUCGUUUGGCCUCUGUAUUGGGCUGCUCAGGGGACAAUGUUUUGGGCUCUCUUUGUUCUUGGACAUGAUUGUGGCCAUGGAAGCUUUUCAAAUAAUCCCAAGCUAAACAGUGUGGCGGGGCAUCUCUUGCAUUCUUCAAUUCUUGUACCCUAUCAUGGAUGGAGAAUUAGCCACAGGACUCAUCAUCAAAACCAUGGCCAUGUUGAGAAUGAUGAAUCAUGGCACCCGGUUAGUCUUUUUUUCCUCUGUUGUAUGGAUUCUCUGUUCAACUUUUGCUUGGGGCAUCCUGGGUUUCUCUAUUUGUUAGAGGAUGACAAAUUUCUAUGCUUGCAGUUAUCUGAGAGAAUUUACAAGAAAUUGGAUAACAUGACACGGAUUUUGCGGUUCACCGUUCCUUUUCCCAUGCUUGCAUACCCUUUCUACCUUUGGAAUAGAAGUCCAGGAAAGACUGGUUCUCACUUUCACCCAAACAGCGACCUGUUUGUCCCAAAUGAGAGGAAAGAUGUGAUCACUUCCACUUUGUGUUGGACAGCAAUGGCUGCUUUGCUUGUGGGGUUGUCCUUUGUAAUGGGUCCUAUUCAAUUGCUUAAGCUCUAUGGCAUUCCCUACUGGGUGUUUGUCAUGUGGCUGGAUUUGGUAACUUACUUGCAUCACCAUGGCCAUGAAGACAAAUUACCAUGGUAUAGAGGAAAGGAAUGGAGUUAUCUAAGGGGAGGGCUUACCACACUUGAUCGUGACUACGGAUUGAUCAAUAACAUCCACCAUGACAUAGGCACCCAUGUGGUUCAUCAUCUUUUUCCUCAAAUACCCCAUUACCAUUUAGUUGAAGCAACUGAAGCAGCUAAGCCAGUAUUUGGGAAAUAUUACAGAGAGCCAAAGAAAUCAGGGCCUCUACCGUUUCACCUGCUUGGGAGUUUUAUUAGAAGCUUGAAGAAAGACCACUAUGUCAAUGACAAUGGGGAUGUUGUGUACUACCAAACUGACCCUGAUUUUGGUGGCUUUCCAAAAUCUAAGUAAAAGCUUCAAUUCUUUAGUUUAGAUGACCACAAAGACAACCUUUCAGAUCUCUUUGCAUUGAGGGCGUGCCACUGAUUUGGGACUCUUGGGAAAGGAAUGCCUCAAGAGAAUGAUGAAAAAAGGGUGGUGCCCUAGUUUUUUUUUUAAAUUUCUGUAUUUUAUUCUUUAUGGAGAGGAAAAAUAAUCUCUUCAGCAAAUCUACUAUCAUGCAUUGUAUAACCCCAUUUUAAAUUGGAGAAAAAUGAGGGAAAAGAAGAGGGAAAAAGUAACCAUCUUCCACUUUUUAUUGAAAUUAGUGGAUUCAGUGGACAUUAUGGAUUUUAUUCUUUUUAGUGAUAAUGGACCAUUUAUUAUCUUAUGAUUUCU